GUUUUAUUGCUGUUUUAUUUCUUUAUCGAGCGCCAGGAUUAAGCACGCACAUUUUUUAGUGUAGCGAGGAUAUAAACGAAAAUGGGUGAUUACUUAAGACAAGAAGAUUUCACUGAAUUAUCUGAACGCUUGUCGUCUGCGUUGGAAGAUAUGGGUGUCACGUGGGAGACAGUUAUGAUCAGGCGAAAAUCUUAUCAUCUAAGAGAAAAGCACGGUGACAUAAUUGACAAAAUUUCGGGUCACACAGAAUCCUACUUUCAUUUUGGCAGUCAGUCCGAAGGGACGACAACUCCAGGACUACAGUCUGAUAUAGACCUUCUUUUUUGCGAACUUGGCGUGAAUGUGAUGAGAACAAUAGAGUCGCGAAAAUCAGGUAUGCUCAACGUGUUGAUGCUUAAGGAUGAUUCAUUGCCCCCUCAACACUAUAUACUCCAGGUCACUAGACCGAAUUCAUCUGCACCGGAAACACGUGUACUUGAUUACCGUAUGAUACGAUGUGCAAACACAGUGGUUCUAUCACCCGAGCGGGUAAUAAAAGAUUAUGAAAGACAAAUGUAUGCUACGUUUAAACACGUCAAAAUAUGUGGCCCAUCCGUAAACCUGUAUGGUCAUCUUGAUACCGUAAAAUCAUUUUGUGUUCGUGAAUUGAUGCCGGAAGUACAGCGGUGGGUAAACAGAAACAGGGUUGGACAAUGGCCAACAGCUAAGAUGUUAGAAGCUGCUCGGAUGUGUCCUUGUUUCUUGGUACCAUCUGGACAUCCGGGUAGCGACACCAGAUAUGUAGAAUGGCGACUUUCCCCAAAUUUAAUUGAAAGAUUGCUAGUGUACAGUUUGAACAUAACACAUUUAAAAUGUUACAUAGUUUUGAAAAUUAUCAAAAAGGCAAUUUUCAAUACAGAAGUUCCGGAUGGAAUAACCAGUUUCCAUUGCAAAACUGCAUUAUUAUACACGGUAGAAAGAACACCAACUAGCAUUUGGAAACCACAUAAUUUAGUUUAUCUCACCAUAUUAUGUCUGUCAACAAUGGAAAGAUGGCUCUCACAAAUGUUGUGUCCGCAUUACAUCUUACCAGACACCAAUUUAUUUGAUGGCAAGUUAAUGGUGGGCUCCUGUCGAAGGUUGUUAAAAUGCGUGAACUCCAUUAUUAGGAACCUUCCGCGUGCUUUGUGUAAAAUAGCGAUUGACCGUCUUGGAAUGCGACUACUAUAUCGAGGCCUGGGAAUAAUACGAAAUAAAGACGGGCUAACACGGCAACAACAGAAUAUGGCUAUUCAGAGAACACUUGAUCAUGACAGGUUGCAAUGCCUAUAUAUGUUUGAACUUAACAAAACUAACUUUUCAUUUGACAUCAACACGUAUAAAAUACUACAGCAAUUGCUUUUGCACGGUGAUAAAAUUGAAAAGCGUGUUGUACGGCUAUUUGCGCGCUUCAUGACGUCAUUGCUAGCAUCAACAGUAUCGUCCCAGUUUAUUCGAUGCAAUAAGGCCGUGACAAAAGUCAUUCUUGAUUGCUUCAAGCACUCACUGAACACGGAUGUUGCAUCCACAAGAUUGAAGUUAGCCUCCAUGUUGUACUGCAAUGGCGCCCUACACGCAGCAGCUCGAGUUCUUGAUGACGUGGAACAGCGAAUGAAACACAAUGUUAUUAACAUGUGUGGUUGCCUUCAAUCGUUACCGAGAGAUAGCACUCUUGAUACAUUUCUAGGUCUGCCGCCUAGUUUCCCUGACAGUCGAUUAAAUGUGCAAAACGUUGUGUUUUGUGUGCGAUUCACUAGACCAGAAGCGUUUUGUGUUCCGACUGUUUUAUUGUAUGAAAUGAAUAGAGCGUUCUCAAUGGAGGACCUCCGUGAGAGGGAUGUACCUGACACUUGGUGGAUGAAUGAUGGAUGCGUGGACGCUCUAGUAUUUCUGCGCUACAUGCAAUACCUCACGUAUAAAGGAUUGGGUGUCAACGAGAGAAAAGUUCAAGCGUUGAAUGCCAUCUUGGAUUACAUACAAAGACACGGACACGACUGCUACCAUCUUGAUACGAUGAUGAAUCUUGCGGGACAUUGUAUAGAGAUGGAGGGUAAGGUUGAACAUGCCAAAAAUAUUUAUAAUUUGUCAUUGGAACACAGGCGCCGAAAUAAUGCUGCCAACUGGCAUGUGGAAAGAUUGUCGGGACUUUAAAACAAUAAGAAGAGACAACGUCUAUAACUUAUAAAUACGUUGUUUGAAGGCGGGUUUUGUAAAAUAUGCCACUCGACUACGCUUAUUAUAAAGUAUAUUUCAUGAACGUAUUGUCUGAUACGGUUUUGAAACUAUUUAUUAUAUAUUUUUGUUUUGUUUUUGUAGAAAUGCAUCUAUGUACACAGUAUUGAUGAGAACACUAGUACAUUGAUAUGCUUGUAUAAGUAUUUUAUUUUAAUAUAUAUAUAUUGAAGUUAACCGAUUACUAGUAUAAACCUUUAUUAAAUCAUUUUUUUUUUCAAUGUGCUCAAAAUUCGAUGCAAUAAUUAAACACAUCAACGAAAGUA